CGCGCCGCGCACGCUGUAGUAGCCUCGCCAUGGCGAUGGGGGGAGGCGGCAGUGGCGGUGUCCCGGAGCUGGAGGAGUCGGUGCUGUUCCGGCGCGGCACAGGCCAGAGUGAUGAUUCUGACAUUUGGGAUGAUACAGCACUGAUAAAAGCUUACGAUAAAGCUGUGGCUUCAUUUAAGCACGCGCUAAAGAAUGGUGACAUUUCUGAAGCUUCAAACAAACCAAAAGGCACACCUAAAAGAAAACCUGCUAAAAAGAAUAAAAGCCAAAAAAAGAAUGCCACAACUCCCUUGAAAAUGAAACAGUGGAAAGUUGGUGACAAAUGUUCUGCCAUUUGGUCAGAAGACGGCUGCAUUUACCCAGCUACCAUUGCUUCAAUUGAUUUUAAGAGAGAAACCUGUGUUGUGGUUUAUACUGGAUAUGGAAAUAGAGAGGAGCAAAAUAUGUCUGAUCUACUUUCUCCAGUGUCUGAAGUAGCUAAUAAUAUAGAACAGAGUGCUCAGGAGAAUGAAAAUGAGAGUCAAAUUUCAACAGAUGAAAGUGAGAACUCUUCCAGGUCUCCUGGAAAUAAACCAAAUAACAUCAAGUCAAGAACUGCUCCAUGGAACUACUUUCUCCCUCCACCACCCCCCAUGCCAAGAUCAGGAAUGGGACCGGGAAAGCCAGGUCUAAAAUUUAAUGGCCCACCACCACCACCACCACCACCACCACCACCACCCCCCUUCCUAUCAUGCUGGCUGCCUCCGUUUCCUUCUGGACCACCAGUAAUUCCCCCACCACCUCCCAUAUGCCCAGAUUCUCUUGAUGAUGCUGAUGCUUUGGGGAGUAUGUUGAUCUCUUGGUACAUGAGUGGCUAUCACACUGGUUACUAUAUGGGUUUCAAACAAAAUCAAAAAGAAGGAAAGUGCUCACAUUUUAAUUAAGGAGUAAUUCAUACAGUAUUGUUUAACAGGUGCAGCUCUCUCCCAAGGAGAAGAGUAUUUUGAUGCGCCCUGGUCGAUGUGAACAGUUUUCAUCAUUUUCUUCAUGAGCACUUGGUUGAGUGGCACAACCAUCUACAUUUGCUCUUGUCAUAUGUGACUCGUGCUUAAAUAAUUGGCCAGGUAUUUCUAGGUAAUAACCUGUUUGAAUAACUGAACAAUGGAAAUGUUCAAGGUCACAUGUAGUACAGAAAAGUCAAUAUAUGUCAACACAUUUGUAUAUUGUAACUUUCUUAGUAAGUAUGUUAAG